GGAUUUUGAAUUUCGAAAUGACGAGUGAGCGCCAAAAAUAAGACCAAUUUGCGAGUCAACUUACCCUUCAAUCCUCACUCUCUCUUAACAAUGGCGUCUUCAAUUAAGCUGGUAAUUGAAAAGGGCCCUCGAAAUGGCGAAACCCUAGAAUUCAAGCCUAGAUCCAAGAUUCGAAUCGGAAGAGUUGUGAAAGGCAAUAAUUUGCCGAUCAAAGAUGAUGGAAUUUCAUCCAAACACAACGAAAUUAAGUUCAAUUCAGAUUCUGGAAAAUGGGUAAUUUCUGACCUCGAUUCUUCCAACGGCACUUUCGUGAACUCUGCUAAGCUUGAACCCCACUCCCCAUUUGAAAUUUCGGAUGAAGAUGUGAUUAUUAUAGGCGAAUUAACCAGAAUUAGGGUUGAAAUUGGGGAACAAGUUAAGGUACGUAGAAACCCUGGACGAAAAGCUGCUUCUCAGAGGGGUACUGGUGGUUCGAAUUUGGGUGAGAAUGCUGCAAGUAGGGAAGAAACCGACAACUGCAGAAACCCUAAGGAGCGAGCUGCUGAUAGAAGUAGAAUUGAUUUGGGGGAGAAGGACGAGGAGGCUCCUGAUCUGGGGAACAAGGUGGAGGUUCGGGUAAAAGAAUGUUUGAAUUCGGAGGAAGAGGGGUUUUCUGCGGUUAGAGAUUUGAAGGAAGAGAAUAUUGAAAAGAGGGCUGAAGGUAAUCGAAGAGGACGUGGGAGAGGGCGGCCGAAAAAAGCGAGUAAUUUAGAAGAUGGAAAUGUUGGCAUUGGGAAAUCAGGGAUCAGACAGAAUGUAGAAAAUGAUAAGUUGAAGCCAGGGUUCGGUAUGAGUACAAGGAGGACUAGAAGCUCCAGGAGAGGAGAGGAUGACCUCUUAAUUUUAGGGGAAGCAGUGCCAGCAAAGAGGACUGGGAAAAGGUGUAAUGCUAAGAAUGUGAGAGAGCACAAUCCUGUUGUAAGCCCUUUGGUAGUUGAAGAAGGGAUUAGUGAUGUAGUAGAGAGCGUUGCUGUGUUUGAUGAUGGGAAAACAGAAGCAUCAGAAAUUGAAGAGGGUAAUUUGGUGUCAGAAGCAAACUGUUAUCAUAGAAGCAAAGACUCUGAUAGUAGUCAUAGUACUAUUGUGCCUGACCUUGCAAAGAUGACUCUAGGGGAUUGGUUGGAAUUCUUGGUAGACUAUUUGCCUAAGCAGAUUUAUGCCAAAAGAGAUGAGAUCAUUGAGGACAUGCGAAAAGAAAAUGCACGGUUUGAGGAUUUCAUGUUGCAGCAGCAGAAACAGAAAAGCUUAUUCCUUUCUGCCGCAGAAAAGACAGUGAAUUGAAGCGAAUAUGAUCAGGUGAUUUACAAAGGGCAUCCAGUGAAUUUGCUUGUCUGUUAUAUUUUGGACAGUGGGGUAACAGGAUUCUGGAAAGCCCUCCAGUUGCUGUGAUAUCGCAAGGAGAGAUGGACUAGCUAAGGGAAAUGAUUUUGAGAUCAUUCUUGGGUCUUAUUAAGCUGCUUGACUAAGUCAAACAUGUACUGGAAUUAAUUUUUUCCGCCGCACAAUUAUCCUAUGGUUUUGGCAGUCGAGCACAAGGCUCAAAGGGAAGAUUGUUUCUGACGCUGCCCAGGUUUGGUACUCAAAAACAUAUAACAGGGGCCUUAACAUAAGAGAUUUACUAAAAAGCAGGUUUGGGAGAAGUCUGAAGCAGAAUUUGUGUUUGGAAACACAUGUAUAAACCGAAACACUAGCGAAACUAACUGCAGUGGAUAGUGCUCUAAUAAUGCACCAGGUAAAUCAGAAAUCUGAAGGAAGAGAAUGAAGAAACAUUUGAAGAAGCAGUGCUAGACUGCUAGCCAAGAGCAACAAGUACGACAGGCUGAAGCAUGAUCAUGAAAUAAAGAUUGGUAGCUUGGAUCAGGACUCAAGACUCAAGACUCAAGACUCAAGAGUUGUUCUCUUUUCAGAUCAUCGUAGGUGUGUUCUAAUUGCUUCUCAAAGCCAUGCAUAAAGAAAAGUCAAAAGCUUAAGCAGAGAUUGACCUCUUGAAUUUUGAAAAGCAAUUUCAGAGACAAAACAGUUUAUGCUCUCCCUAAGUAAACACAGACUAUAAUCACUUUUUUUUUUGGGGUGAAAUUUUAAUUAUAAGUUAGUCGCUAUGGCCGGAAAACAUAAUCCUCCGUUUUCACGCUUCACUUUAGUUGUUUUUUGUGUUAUUUUGUAUCA